AUGAUUGGUUUCCGCCCCCACCUCUCCACACAAGACGUCCUCUUGCAACUCCACCACGACCUUCUCGAUCCGCCCACCUUCUCCGACACUAAGGCUCUCCUUAGCCUCGACCUUCACAAGGCGUUCGACAACGUCUCCCAUUUGGCUAUUUUUACCGAACUCGCCACCAUCAACCCCGGCUCUCGCACCUGCCACUGCAUUCGCUCCUUCCUCACGGCCCGCACGGCCGAAAUCAUCGUGGGAGAUCUCUCGUCUCCCACGUAUGCGCUUGGAUCUCGUGGUACCCCUCAGGGCGCUGUCUUGUCGCCUUUUCUUUUUAAUCUCUCCCUUCGCUCACUUCCCGACAAGCUCGACCGUAUCCCCGAUCUCAAACACACCCUGCACGCGGACGACGUAACUUUUUGGGUUACGUCUGGCUCAGACGGGCACAUUGAGCAGACGUUGCAACGCGCAACUGACGUCGUCACAAGUCACGUGCACGCGGCCGGUCUCGCUUGCUCGGCGGCCAAAUCCGCCCUCCUCCUCAUGCGGCCCCCCGACCGGCGUCGCCACAAGACGCCUCACCCCACCAUCACGAUUCACGCCAAUUCCACUCCCGUUCCCGUCGUCUCGCAUCUCCGGGUGCUGGGGCUGAUAGUACAGUCAAACCGCCAUAAUGCUCACACCAUCGACCAGCUCUCGCUUUCGGUUCAGCAAACCGCGCGCAUGCUCGCUCGUGUCCGAGCGCGGCGCAUCGGCAUGCGCGAACACGAUCUCCUCCGCCUAGUCGACGCUUUCGUCGUUUCCCGUCUCACGUACGGCCUUUCUUAUACUCGUCUUCUCAAAUCGGAACGCGACAAGGUCGACGUCCUCAUCCGCCGUGCAUACAAGACUGCUCUCGGCCUUCCCUCCAAUGCGUCCACGGCGCGUCUCCUCCGCCUGGGAGUCCACAACACGCUCGACGAACUGAUCGAAGCUCACCACACCGCUCAGCUGCAACGCCUUCAUCGUUCGCCGACCGGUCGCUACAUCCUCUCUUCCAUCGGUCAUGACACGUCUUCUCACCCGCCAGACCUGGUCUCACUACCGCAUGCUCUUCGGGCAGCCUUUUCCAUCAAGCCGCUACCCAAGAAUAUGCUCGCGGGACACCACGACGCCCGUCGCCAAGCCCGUGCGGCGGGCGUGCCAAUCGUCUCCGUCUCGCCCUCCUCGGCACCCUCGGGGCCGACAAUCACGGCCGCCACCGUUCGAACGCCCUACGUCGUCGAGGCUGAGGAGGCGGCCAUCGCUUUAGCCGCCACCUCGACCGACGCCAGCGUCAUACUCUCCGACUCCAAGCACGCCAUCUCCAAUUUCGCCCGAGGUCUCGUCUCGCCUACCACCUUACGGCUCCUUCGCCCACUUCUACUGGAGGACGAACCGUGUCACAUUGAACUGGUCUGGGUCCCCGCCCACUCGGGUCACCCCGGCAACGAGUCGGCUCACCAACACGCUCGAGGAUUCGUCGACCAAGCGGUGGGCCCCUCCGCGUCGGACGCCCCGGUGCCGGAGCCCCUGGUCACCUACCACGACAUUACCCAGCACUAUCGCCUCGAACGGUACGCCUACCCACCCCCACAUGGCAGUCUUCCCAAGCGGUCCUAG